AGCGCCCUGCGGGAACCGAGCAGGCGGGGUCAGACGGCUCGGCGGGCUGGGGGUGCGGGACAGCGCGGGUGCGGGGGCCGGGAAGGUGCGGGCACGUGGGAGGGCGCAGAGACCGGGGAAGGUUCGGGGGCUGUUACCAGUCCGUCGCCUCCGCCUCCCCAGCGGCCGCCGCCAUCUCGCCGCCCGCCCGGAAGCGGAAGCGGCGAGCCGGUUGCCAGGAGACGCGGCGGCGGCGGGCCCGGGCGGCGGCGGAGCGGGGCGAGCUUCAUCCCGCGGCGGGAUCGCUGCCACCGCGGCGGGAUCGCUGCCACCGCCGCUCGGGGCUCGUCCUGCCUUGGAGCCGCUCAGCGGCCCCGUCCCGAGCGAUGGAGAACUACCACAUCCUGGGGCUGAUCGGCGAAGGGUCCUUCGGGCGCGUGUACAAGGGGCGCCGGAAGCACAGCGCCCAGGUGGUGGCCUUGAAGUUCAUCCCCAAGGUGGGGCGGUCUGAGAAGGAGCUGAAGAACCUGCAGCGGGAAAUUGAGAUUAUGAGAGACCUCCAUCACCCUAACAUCAUCCAGAUGCUUGACAGCUUUGAGACUGCUAACGAGGUGGUGGUAGUGACGAACUAUGCAGAGGGAGACCUCUUCCAGAUCCUGGAGGAUGAUGGGUGGUUGCCUGAGAGCAAGAUCCAGACCAUAGCUGCCCAGCUCAUCUCUGCUCUCUAUUACCUGCACUCCCACCGCAUCCUGCACCGGGACAUGAAACCCCAGAACAUCCUGCUGGGCAAAGAUGGUGUUGUCAAGCUCUGUGACUUUGGGUUUGCCCGUGCCAUGAGCAUCCACACCAUGGUGCUGACAUCCAUCAAGGGCACCCCGCUGUACAUGUCCCCUGAGCUGCUGGAAGAACGGCCGUAUGACCACACAGCAGACCUGUGGUCUGUGGGCUGCAUCCUGUAUGAGCUGUUUGUGGGCACUCCUCCCUUCUACACCAACAGCAUCUUCCAUCUUGUCAGCCUCAUCCUCAAGGAGCCUGUCAAAUGGCCUGAGGCCAUGAGCCCAGUGUUCAAGAGCUUCCUUCAGGGAUUACUAAUGAAGAACCCCCGCGAGCGCCUGUCAUGGCCAGAGCUACUUUCUCACCCCUUCAUUGCUGGAUGGGUUACUGUGAUUGAUGACACAGAAAAGCAUGGGAUUUCAAACCCCUUUGCCAUCAAGUUAUCUCCAGAGCUGCAGGCCCUGAAGGAGCAGCAAGUACAUUCCAUGGCCCCCAGGAGCAGCCAGUCCAGGAUCUUGAGAAAGGCCCAGAAGAAGAUGGUUGAAGAGACACAGAAAAAGGGGCAACCGAAGACAGGUGAUGCAUCUAUGAAGGUUUCUGCCAAUGGACACCCCACACAUAGUCCCAGAGCAGCAUCACGGAAAGCAGCCCCUGAGGAGAGGGAGCCAUUGGCUGCCUCCAAUGAGAAGAAUCCAUGUCUCCUGCAAGGAAAGAGCAGCAGAGCAGAGGGGGAGUCUGAGGAGUCUCCUCCUAUCCCAGGGAGAGAGAGGCACAGGCUGGGAGACAAGGAAGAGGGAAAGGAAAGGUCUUUCACUGACUGUACUGUUUCCUUGGCCAGGCAGCACGGCCUCUCUCAAGACUGUGAGUGGGAGUUGCUUGGAGCAGGUUCCCCUCCACAGCCUGGUGCUGGCAGGGCAGAGCCCUGCAGCAGGCACAGCACCGAGGCUAUGGACCUGGAGAGUGAGGAGUUGGAGAGUGAUGAGGAGUGGCAGCACCUGAUUGAGGACACUGAGCCCUCAGCCAUGCAGCUGAGCGUGCCUCGGAGCCUCCUGAGGGACUCGGCUUUCCAGCACCGUGUCCAGGACUGCCUGGCAGACUCUGCUCAGCAGGUGCUGGAAGGGAUGCUGGAGGGAGCCUCCCAUCUUCGUUCUGUGCUUCGUGUUAUUGGCAACCUCCUGUCUACCCGGUGUGAUGCUGAGCUGCUGGACCACUUCUGCCAAGAGCUAAAUGUGCCUCUGUCCCUGCUGUGUCUAGCCAAGCAGAUCCUGGAAAGUGGUGUAACCAAGCAGCAGCCCUGGUGUAUUGCUGUGCUGACAGACCUCCUCAUGGUGACCAAAGUUUGUUUCAGUAGCCUAGAGGAGAGUGGGCAAAAAGACAGCCUUCAGGCUGUCCAGGAGAGUGCUGACUGCUUCCUGGCCCUGCUGCCGGAGCUGCUGGCUGUGCCAGUCGACAGUGAGAUGAAACUCUGCCAGCAAAGCCUCCUGUGCUUUACCCAGCUCUGUGAGAGCCUGGACAUGACAGACACCUCUAUCUCUGCACACUUCUACACCAAGCUGCAAGACGAGCAUCAGCCCCUGCUGAACAGACUCCUUCAAGGAUCCAUCUCAGAGCAGCCUGCUCUUCGAGGUGCAGCAGUGGAAGCCAAGUCAGGCCAUGACCAGAGCCCAGGUGUGGCAGACCUCUUCCUGGCUGCAUUGGCUGCUGCAUGCAGCAUGCCCCUGGAGAGAAACAGCUGUCGGGAAGCCAAGCAGCAGGUUGCUCACACAUUAGCUGAAAAGCUUAUGGAAGGAGAGAGCCAGCAGCUUGCAAGACUGCUGGGGAGACUGGAGGACCCAGGCUGCUCCUUGAAUGUCCUGAAGAUCCUCUAUGCUGGCUGCCAUGCCUACCCGAACCUGUGCCAGCACCUGGGAAGGAGCCAGCCUCUGUGGGGUUCCCUCAUGCAGCUCUUGAAGGGUGAGGUCCCUGUGGUGGAGGUGACUCAGGAGGCAGCCUGUGAAGCCUCUCUGUACCUGCUGGCCCUGCUCACUCUGCAGCUUCAAGCAUCCCCUCCCAGGUGUGAAGAGAUGGUUGCCCUUGCUGUGGAUCUCAUCACCCAGUCUCCUGCUGUGUCCCUUGUGGGUGCUUCAGCAUUUCUCCUGGCACAGCUCAGUCAGCAUGGGAUGCCUUUGGAGCUCAAGAGAGAAAAGAUCCUACCAGUGGUAACAAAUGCGCUGACUGCACCUGCUGAGCUGCAGCUCCCCCUGCCAAUGGGUGCUGGUCUCUAUGAUGGGUUCUUUUUCCUCCUGCUGAAACUCCUUGAACAGGACGAUGUGGUCUUGGAGCAGGGCUUUGCUUCCUCCGAGCUAUGGAGCCUGGUCUGGCAUUGUGUUGCUGUGGCGCUUCAUGUGGACACCAACGGAGCAGCGCUGGAGGGAGACCUACCCCCAGCUGCUGGUCACCCCAUAGCAGAGCCAGACUGGAACCUCCUCUCCCCUAAAGGAACCCUGUUAUUCCUCAGCCUGGUCCUCAGCAUCUUCACUCGUGAGUCCCACCAGUGUCUGCCUCAGCUCACCCAGUCCCAUGGUGUCCUCAUGCUGACACUGAAGAGACUACUGUCCCCUGGCUUCUUGGCAUGCGUGGAACAGAUGCAAACAGGAAAGGAUGGGGACCCUGAGGUUGUCCCAAAUGUGGUCAUCCGGGUCUGCCAGCUCCUCUCUUUGCCUUUUGCCCUGGAUGUGGAUGAAGACACCUUAGCACUGAUAUUGGAGGCUGUGAGAGAUAUGCAGAUCCCUGCCCAGCUGCUGCAGGUCUGCGCUUACCAUCUGCCCUUCUCAUUCACCGAGCUCCCCAUGGGCCUCUUGUGCCAGCUUGUGGUGUCUGAUACACAGGUCAUAGACCAAGUGGUGAGGGAAGCUACUGCCUCAGAGCGCAUUGUUGCCUUCUUGAAGUCUGUCUUGUUCUCAGACAAUGUCAUACUCACAAAUGACCUCCUGUCUAUCUUGACCCACGUGGCCCGGGCCUGUUCAGAGCACCUGCCCUUUCUCCAGAGGAUCCGGAGGGACCCAGAUGUGUCUGACCAGCCAUUGACCUACUUGCUCAGCCACAAGCAACACCUGAUACGGGCCAGAACCUGCAACUUGCUGGGCAAUCUGUUCCGCCACAGCCUUUCCCCAGUGCUGCAGAGACAGCCGGGUUGGCUGGAGAGGCUGCUGGAGUGCCUGUCGGACCCGGAGAUCUGCGUGCGCGGAGCAGCCACCUUUGCAGUGGGCAAUGCUGCCUGCCACGUGUCUUGCCCGGCAGGGGCCCUGGGCAGGGCCGUGCCCGCGCUGACCCGGCUGCUGAGCGACUCGCGGGCCCAGACAUGCUGCAACGCGGCCCUGGCCCUGAGCAACCUGGGCCAGCGCGGGGAGGAGCUGCGGGAUCUGCUGAUCCAGAACAGGGUCCCCGACCUCCUGCUGCAGCUGGCCUGCCAGGACCCGCGGAAGACAGUGCGGGAGGGAGUUCUGGAGGCACUGCUAGCCCUCAGCCAGCACGCCGGGAUCCAACAGGUCCUGCUGUCCCUCAAAGCCACCGAGAGGCUGGCGGCGCUGGGCCCUGUCAGUCCCCGAUCGCCUUCUGCCCGGCACCGCGACCUGCUCCUCCGCCGCCUCGCAGCUCUGCCCGACCACGCGGGGCCCGGCCCGCUGUCGCCGCCUACCGGCGCUGAGCGGUGAUGCCCGGGCAUGCUGGGACGCCACCGACGCUUCCUUCACCCUCCUCAGGCUCCAGGCGGCCCUUCCCUGCAGCCCGCGUUGUCCGCCUGAGCGGGACUGUAGCCGGCCGUGUUUCCCCCGCGGGAAGCCGGCCCUGGCAAAUGCCCGCUCCUUCUGGAACCGCGCGGUUCCCGCCGCGCCGCCAGGGGGCAGUGCGGCCCCGCGCGGUGGCUGCCGGGAGCUGUAGUCACGUGGGCCCGCCGGCUCCCCAUGGUAACGGCGGCGGCGGGCCCGGGCGGGCGGUGAGUAUGGCGGAGCGGGGCACUGCUCCCCGUCUGCCUCCCUGGGCUGCGCCCUCAGAGUUCCCCCUCUGGCACCUAGGGCCCUUGUCCCCCCCGCGCUGCCUCCCCGGCCGCUCCGCCCCAUAGCAGUGCCCGAGGAGGCGCCUCGCUUCGGCCCGGGCCCCCUCGCCGUGCCCGGUGAGCCCGUGGGGCCGGGGCGCGGUUCGGGAGCGCUCUGUGCGAGACGUGGCUGGGGUUGGCGGCCUGGGCGGCGCUCCGGCGCCAGGAUAGAGCAUCUCGGUGGCACCUUCGGCGUCAAAGGCUUUCACUUGGAGAAGUGAGACACACAGCAGCGAGCGGCAGGGAGGAAGGGCUGGCUCCCCAGCCACCCACGGCCCCAGGGGGCUUCUCCAACCUUACUUGGAGUAUUAGGAUGGAGCUGGGAUCGACCAGGCCCGGGUGGGGUGCCGGGACAUCUUGGCUGUCCAUCCUUUCAUUGGGGUCUUGGCUUGGCUGCUCUUGUGUUGUAAAAACGAGCCGUUGAGUCUGAAAGAUGAAAGAGGUGAGUUGAGACAAGCCCGGAGUAUUUCCUGAAUGCCUCCAGGGUUUGGUCAGGGAGUGAGGAGUGAAGGUGUGGGGAAGCCCUGUGGCACUGUGCCAGCCUCCUGUGCAGCUGGGCUGUGGCUGUCUCAUGGGAGGCAGAGUUCUGCCCCACAGCUACACAUCAAACCCUGUCUACUUGACCCUCCGAGGCUUGUCUUUCUUAUUGUGGUGGUGUCCUCGUGGAAUGGGCAGAUGACAUCUAGUGACUCCUGGAUAGUUCGGGGGAAUUUACAGUGGAUUGCUGGCCUUAUUAUAGUUUUAUAGAAUAAUAGUUCCACAAUUUUUACUGUUUGUACUCAGCAGAUAGUAGCAUUUGUCUGUCCUUUUGUUGCUCUCUUGCUGCAUUUGUUUUGUGUUAGGUAAAGUUCUUUGAUGACAAUUGCCCCCUCCCACACCUCAGUGGAGGGGUCCUUCUCAGGACAGCAGGGAUUGCAUUUCAAGGAGAGCUGAGGGGACAAAUGUCACCAUCCCCACAGAACAGCGCCUGCGUGGAGAUGUCAGAUCACUGACAGGCUGGGGGCAUUGGCUGCUGUACCAGCCUGGCUGGGUGCCACUCCUUGACAUUUCCCAGGUUCCUGCCAUGCAUCAAGUCUGGGAGUAUUUGGCAGCUUCUCACCUUGAGUCUGUUUCUUCUCCACUCCUGAGCCCUGAGAAAUUGCUGUAUGGAGUGAGGGUUUUGCAGUGGCUUCAGAAGAACUUUUCCCAGCCCUGUCAGGACAUGGAAGAGUCCUCAGCACAUACUGAAGGACAAAUCUGGAACCUUUUCUUCUGAUUGCAGUUAUGUUUCAGUAUAAAGUAUCAAUAACAGAAGGAGGACUAAGAAAUUGUGUGUUUUGAAUUAAUUGGGUAGUUCUUGUCUCCUUGCUAUGUGUUGAUAUUUUAUAUUUGUUUCACUCACUCCAAAUCCUCCACUUUUAUUUUUCUACUAAAUGCCAGUCUGUCUUAAGAUCAGAUGGAGCUGUGCUGACUGCCCUCAGAUCCUGCACUGGUGGCCAAACUUCCCAGGUCUUGCCAUGUAAUUCUCUUUUCUCCCGUCAUGAAGCUCAGUUGAAAAUGCUGUCCCUUCAGUUUGGAUCUUCAGGAAUGGACUGUAGACCUUCUUGAUGAAAGGAUGUUAAACACCUCAUGGUUUAGCUUGUUGCUUUUAACCCAGACUUGUUUCUCUACUCUUGUUUAUGCUGCAGUACAACUGCUUCUGUUGCCCAUGUGAUAAAAAAGUACAAAUCAGGUGGGAGCAAGGCACUCAGCAGCUUCAGUGCUGGGGAAACAGAGCUGCAUGAUCUGCUGUUACUGUGCACUGCAUCUGCUUCAGGGUCUGGGGAGUCUGCCAGGGAGAAAAGUUGAUAUCCUUUGAUAGCAGUAGGAACUCCAUGUCUGCCCUUUGCUGUGGCCCCUGCACUGUCUACUCACAGCCAGGUCAGCCCUUCUGGGGUGAGUACUGAGCCAGCCCUUUAUUUUAAGUGUCCUUGGUGCACUCAAGCUAUAGCCUUGGAUUUUCUGCCUGCUGUGCCAGAGUUCCUCACCUCGUCUGGCAGCUGUGCUUCAAUGCCCUUAGAGUGGUGGGGAAGUCCCUUGUGAAGUCGAACACAUGAGCCUUCAGUCCCCAGCCCACUCUGCAUGGACAGAGGCAUUUGCUGCAGCACAGGGUGAGAUGGUGGCUGGAUUGCAGCUCUCCCAUGGCUUGCUUUAGCAUCCUGCUGUCCCUGAGGUUUGCCUCCGCCUUGGGAAGAGGAGCACACACCUGAGCUACUCUAUUUCUCUUGCAGGGCAGUGCUCUGCUUAAGUAAAGGGUUGUUUCAGGCAGCCAUACACACUCCUCAUACUUCCUCUAUUCAGUGUGGAGUGGAGUUCAGCACCACAGCUGAUGAAUGAAAACAACCAGCCCUGGCACAAAUGUAAUCGUGGGAUGCAGGUGGAAUUUGCUGAUGCAUCCUCACAGAGUUUGAUUUCUCAACCUCUGGUUUUCUGUUUUGUUUGGGUUUUUUUUGGUGGUUUUUUUUUGUUGUUUUUUUUUUUUUGUUUUUUUUUUGGUUUUUUUUUUUGUUUUUUUUUUUAACCUGGGUGGCCUGGCAAAAACUUGACAUCUUGAUUGAGACAGAAAUUGGUUGUCAUCCUCUGGAUUUGCACACAAAAAUGUGGUUCUGCAAGGAUGAUAAUGAAGCUGAGAGGGAGCAGUGAUGCUUAAUUGUGUGGCAAAGCAGCACACCAGGCUGAUGCACCCAACAGCAUUUCUGCGGUGGCCCAACUGCCUCUGAGCUGUGUCCUCAUGGACAAAUUGUGGCCAGCAACACCCUCUGCCCUUCAGCUUGAACUUGCUGGUGGCCUCAGGUGCUUUGGCUUGGUGUGUGACUGCCCUUGAGGCCACUAGUUUCUUGGAACUGGUGUAGGGGAGGGAGGGUUGUUUCCAUGCUGUUGGAACACAAUAAGCUAUGAGCUGUUGGAGCACUUUAGGCACUCAGUUGGUUUCAGGUGAAUGUUGUUGAUCUUGUUUAAAGUUUUAAAUUUUUCGAAGGGAUACAAACACUUAUUUUUAAAUGCAUAUUUGUUUUAAAACCCAUUUGUUUUGCAUUGUUAACUUGCUUGUUCAAGCUUUAAUCAAAAUUCCCAGAGUUGCAAGUGAGGAACUUCAUGUAAACUCGGGUCUUGUUUAGAAAAAGAUGUUAUCCUUUCUAAUAAAGAACAGAACAGAAUAUGCACCCUGGAAUGGCAUAGAAAACAACAGCAAUUGCAGUUGUCUAAUCUCUCCUCCUUGUGAUUUUAAGCUGUGUGUGACUGACAACACAUUAUCAGGUCAGCUUGCAGUGCAUACAUUUACAAGCUCUUGUUAUUUUAAGUGUGUCACCAAUCUGCAAACUUGGUGACAUACUUAAAACGUGUCCAAUUUUUUGUCCAAAUGUUUGUCCACAGCCAAACUCUUCUAACAGUGGGAUGAUGUGCAUACCUGGGCUCUUGAGGUCUUGUCCUUUCCUGUUUGGAACAGGACUGUGAGGAGCUGCCACGCUGCCAUUAGAGGAACACAUGCUGCAGCCGGCUCAGGCUGGAAGAAAGGAUUUUGCCUGAUGCAUACUGGGGUGCACAGAGGCUGGGGCACAUGUUGGCCCUCUGCUUUUGUGAUGUCACAUUUGUACAGGCUGUGGCAGUGUUCCAGCUGACGUCCCAACACUUGUGAGCAAGCUGUGUGGCAAUAAAAGGUGCUGGCAGAAUAAUUGCAAGCAAGUGCAGCUGUACAGUCACUCCAACAGUGUCCAAUGGUGACAGCUUUGGCCUCUGUGUUGCGUGUCAAUAAGUCCAAGCCAAAAUCUAUUAAUUACUUGGUGGGGUUUGAAUUCCAGCCCGGCCAGUUCACCCAAGGCUUUUCCUAGCUCGUGUUUCUACAAUAAAAUUUCAAAAUUUUAUUGCCAUUGUGAGAUGAA